CGCCGAACGAACAAGGUCCCCAUCAACUUCGGGGUCGGGAGAGCAGUAUGAAAACGACGCGACCGAUGGCUCCCCCUCGAGCAAGCAUGAGCUUGAUUCCGCAUGGCAUGCACGGAGAGCCAGAAGGUGGUGGUGUGGUGGAGGAGCCGAGGCGGCGCCGCGCCGCCGCUGAGGUGGGCGAUGGCGCAACUUCAUCUCGCGGCGGGGACUCCAUCACGCCUCCUCACGUCUACCCGGGCACGCGAUCCAGAGCAGGCAGAAGCCUCCGGCUCAGCGGGUUCCAGCUGGCCCUGUCUUUUAAGGACAUGUGCAAUGGGAUCGCGGAGGCAAAAGUUGAGAUUCUGGUGAAGGAAGGGGAGGUGGCGGCGACGGUGGUGGGCUUGGUGAGCAAGAUCGGGGCCUCGACCCUCGUGGUUGGACUCCACGCUCAGAGUUUCCUUUACAAGAGAUCAAGUUCUAUACUUAGCACGCACAGCUUCAACUGCCGUAUUCUCGCUGUUAAGCAACACUCCGCAACUCAUGAUCGCUUCAUUAACGCAGAGCUCUCUCAAGUUCAAAUCACAACAUUUUGCAUGUCGGAGCCUAGUAAAAUCCCAUAUCCGAUAUUCCCUUGUCCAAUUUUGUGGAAGAGAUCAAGAAGGAGAAGAAUGCAUAUAUAAUACGUGAACGAUAAUUUUGGGCGUUAAUUUGGAGGAACGAAAGGAUAAAACUUAAGAUGGGAUAGUUUACUCAUGAUGUUUGUAGAUUUUUGAGUUUCUAGUUGUAUGUCAAUAGAAGUAUUUCCUGCAAAUUAAGAUUUGUAGAUGCAGCAAAUGAAAGGAAAUAAAGAUUGCAUAACCAGUUAUAACUUGUAAUUAAUGAUAACUCGUAACAUAUUAUAACUUGUACUUAAUA